CCAAACACGCAACGGGGCCAGCGAGCAGCAACCCGUGUUUUAACCCCUUUUUCACGAACAAACGCACCCUUCUUCUGUCCCCAAAUCAAACAAAACAAUCAAUAUGCCACCGCCAGCAUCACCUCAAGCAACAAUAACGCCAACCUCGGGCAACCGCCCCUUCAUCGCAGUCUCAACAAAAAUGUACUUUUCCCAUUCCCGCACAACAUCCUUCACCGCCUCCCUCCUGUCCGUCCUCACCUCAACUCCCUCUUCCCAACUCGCCUCGGCAAUAGACGUCUUCAUCAUACCCGAUUUUGUCUCGCUCCUGCCCACCUUCUCCGCCAUCGCCGCCGCCCCAGAUUGCGCGACGGAGGAUUUCGGGUCGUUCACGGGCGAGGUGUCGGCGGCUGUGCUCAGCGAGGUGGGGUGUGCUAUUGUCGAGGUCGGGCAUGCCGAGCGGCGGAGGUUGUUUGGGGAAACGGAUGCGGUUGUGAGGGAUAAAGUGCAAGCGGUGGUCAGGAAUGGGAUGGUGCCGCUUGUUUGUGUUGGUGAGGAGGCCCAGGCGGAGGGGGAUGGGGUGGACGGUGCGGCGAGGGAGGUGGUGAGGCAGGUUGAGGCUGCUUUGGAGGGGGUGGAUGGGGAGAAGGAGGUGGUGUUGGCGUAUGAGCCUGUCUGGGCGAUUGGUGCUGCGGAGCCGGCUGGGGCGGAGUAUGUGAGGAGCGUGGUGAGGCGGGUUAGGGAGAGUGAGGUUGUGAAGAGCAGGGCAGGGACAACAAGGAUUGUGUACGGCGGUGCGGCCGGGCCGGGGUUGUGGGAGAGGUUGGGCGGCGAGGUAGAUGGUUUGUUCCUGGGGAGGUUUGCGCAUGACCCGGAGCAGUUCGUCAAGAUGGUUUAUGACGUUGCUGGGGUGAGGGUGGACGGGUGUUGGCGCUAUCCCUCGCGGUGA